UUUAAAUUUUAUAACUGAAAAUAUGUUUUAAGAUAACAAUACGAUGUAAAAAUUAUAUUUUUGAAAAAAAAAUAUUAUAAAUAAAAAUUCGUUUUUGAUUAUAUAGUUAAUUAUAUAUAUAUAUUAAGAGUAUUAUAGAUAUUAACCGCUCUAACUUUUAACGUGAGAGCUCCAUUGCUAAAAUUUAUUUUGCAAAUAAUAGUAUAGAUAGAUAGAUAGAUCAGAAGUAUUAAUUACUCAAGUUUUUCAUGAGAAAAGUCGUUAUCCUCAAAAACAACAUGAUGAAUGAAUAGCCUUAAUUAUAGAAUACUCAAGUUGAUGGGGAUUAGAAAUCUCUUGGCUUUUCUGAUCAAAUGAAUCAGGAACCGUAGUUUGUGUGACUUUGUGAUGAUUACGAAACCCUAAAUUUGGUAUAUGUUUAUAAACGUACACUUGUCUUAAAUCUUACAUCAAUAAUCUUAAAUCUAGCAAAAUAUUUUAGUUUAACAAAUCACAGAUACUCAAAAAAGGAAAAAUACUCAGCCACAUGGGAUGACAAAAAGUUUUUUUUGACUUUUUAACAACUGGUCUUUAAUGUUAAGACCAGUUGUUAAAUCUUACAUCAAUAAUCUUUAAUGUGGAAGCACCGUAGCCUAUUGGUUAAGGUUUAAAGGCUUCUACACCCAUGUCUAGGGUUCGAAUCCCAGACUAUGUAAUUUAAUGCAGAUUACAGGAAAUCCAGGUUUCAAGUCCCGGAGAGAACGGUUUAUUAAACAAUUAUGCAGACUACAGAGGAAAAGCUUGCAAGGGAUCUUCAACAUGGUGCAAGUAAAUCUGGCCAGGCGUGGAUCUUCAUAGGACGGCUCAGAUGAUGCAGUUAGACGUAGGUCUUCAUAAGGCAGGUAGUAUUGUCGGUUGUCGAAUCGUCUAUGUAAUCUUUCCUAUAUCAUAAUUGUAAGAUCUAAUAAAUCAGCGUUAAAAAAAAAACAACUGGUCUUUAGUUACGUUUUCACAAAUAAUCAAAAACGGAAAACAAUGAAGUUACUUUCCUUUUUUUGCAGCUGCACUUUAGUUAGUUUCCUGUUCUGUACCAAGAAAAAGGAAACUUCGAGAAGAUGACGGAGACUUCAACCUCAAGCAACCCUUUGUUGCCUCUCAAGAAACGCAAGAGACCUGUCGAUGACACAACAGACAAUGUCCUCGCUGUUGCCACAAAAAAGGUUGCACUUUUAGGGAAUUCAAAAUACAAAGGAGUAGUUGAACAUCAUCGUAACGGACACUGGGGCGCUCAGAUAUACAUUGACCACAAGAGGAUUUGGCUAGGAACUUUCAAAUCUUCUGUUGAAGCCGCCAUGGCUUACGAUAGCGCAUCCAUCAAGCUCCGAAGCUUUGAUGCUACUUGUCACAGGAACUUCCCUUUGAAUACUUCCACGGUUCACGAGCCGAACUUUCAAAAAGGCUACACAACGGAAGCUGUGUUGGAGAUGAUCAAAGACGGUUCUUACCAACAAAAGUUUAAAGAUUAUCUUAGUCUCCCUUUUCAUAAUGUCGCUAGUAUCAACUUAGUUGGAUCAGAACGAGUCCAAGGAGAUCAAGACUCAACCAAGUACCGUUUGACAUGCACAGAGCUAUUUCGGAAGGGAUUGACUCCAAGCGAUGUUGGAAAACUCAACCGGCUUGUGAUACCUAAGAGGCAUGCAGUAAAGUAUUUACCUUUCAUAAACGAGAGAGAAGAGGGUGAAAUAGUAGAGGAUGUUGAGGUUGUGUUUUUUGACAAAACAAUGAGACAGUGGAAGUUCAGGUAUUGUUACUGGACAAGUAGUCAGAGUUUUGUCUUCACCAGUGGAUGGAAACGUUUCGUCAAGGAGAAGAAUCUCAAAGAGAGAGAUGUUAUCGUCUUUUACAGAUGCGAUUUAGUAGGUCAAAGCAAGAACUUCUUGAUGAUCCAUGUUCAAUACAGUUCUGAGGGAGAAGUAAAAACAGAGAACUUCGUUAACUCUAAGCUAAAAGAAGAAGAAACCAAAUCAGUGGACAACAAAGGAGGGUUUAUGCUCUUUGGUGUUAAGAUCCAAUAGCUACUUCGUUAGAGUUUGUUUCUAAUAUAGAGUUCAUAAUGUACUUUUUUGAAUUGCAACAGUUAAUAUACUGAUUUAGUUGGAAACAAGACUUUUUCAAAUCAAAUCUUCUUUUAUAGUCGCAUAUAACCAAAAGAAGAGAAAAAAAAAACGGAAGGAGAAAUCUCAGAAAAUAGCUUAGAAAAAAAAAUCUCAGAAAUAUAAAAUUAAAACUUACGAAUUAUUUUCUUAGCGUCUUGAAAAACUAAAAGUUCAUUAUUGAUUGGUAAAUAAAAUCUAAAGUUUUUUUUUUCAAAUUUGCUUUUACAGUAGUUAGCUUAUUUAUUUAUUUAUUUUUAGUUGAGUGGUGAAUUAAUAGUUUAAAAACUUCAAAGAGUAAAAUAUGAAGAAAAAUAUCGAAGCUAUAAUAAAACAAAAAAAAAGAAAAAGAAAAAAGCGCUAAAAUAAUUUUCAACUUUAAAAUUUAAGCUGAAAAAAUUUAAGCUGAAAAAAUCUCAGCUGAUUACAAAUGCUUUUUUUAAACAACUAGGUGUUUCGCCCGCACGUGCGGGCAUAGAGAUUUUAUAACUACUUAUUAAUACAUGUAUUACUAGUUAAAAAAUAAUUUUAAAUUAUUAUUUAUCUUUUCAUUGAAAAUUAUUAUGUAUUAGAAAUUUUUAAAAUUCCUUUAUGCACUAUAUUCAUUAUUAAUAAAUAAUAUAUAAAUCUUAGAGAUCAUUUGAUAUUCUCUUUCAAUUAUAUAGAAUUAAUAAUUUUACUUAAUAUUUAGUUAUGUAUUUUCUGUUUUUAAAAUUUUAACCAUUUUAUUAAAAUAUAUAUUUUUGCAUAACAACACAAUAUUGUUCCAAAAAAGGAUAACAACACAAUAUAUUAGGAAUUAUCUUUUUAUUUUAAAUAUAUUUUAAAAUUAUGAAUAAUUUUUAUUUUUAUUAAUUGUAAGCACUUAUCUAAUUAAAUAAACACUAAAUUCGUUUUUUUUAUUUUAUCUAUUUUAUUUAAUUUAUUCAUUAAGAGUAUAAACGAUAUUAUCCGUGCUAAUUUUUAAUGUGAGAGCUUCGUUGUCAAAAUUUACUUCGCAAAUAAUAGUAUAGAUGAACGAAUAAAUCUCGUAAUCAAGCCAUUUUUAGUAGUACUGAACAGUUGACUUUUGACAUGUUUAAAAUGUGUUGAUCAACAAAAGUAUGUGAUUUUUAGUAGUUCUGAUUUAAAGUUGAAAAUUAAAAUAGUUUUCCUAAAUUUAGAAAUUUAUGUGCAUAUAAUUUUAAUGAUUCAGAUAAACAAAUUAUCUUUUGGAUUUAUGCAUGAAAAGACCUAGUUUAUAUACAAGUCGCAUAUACCAAAAAGAAAUGGACAUGGAACCCUUAAGAAUAUAAAAUUAAAAAUUUUAAGAUUUUUUUUUUAAUGUACUCUUAUUCAUCAACCGGUCAAACCGGAAUUCAGUGUUUGAUACAAGCUUGAUUCAACCAAAAAUUUUCUAAAUCAACCAUUACAAGAGUAGCUUCGCUCGCCUACUUAACCGACACCAUCUGCUAAUCUGCUCGGGAAUCCUCAUAAAAUCAAUCUCCGUUCUUUGCCAUUGAUGUUAACCACAAGGAGGUGGGGUUUACCUCGUUGCCUCGGAUGCCGGACUCCUCGACUCCUCGUGACAUCGCCGGAGUAGCUAGAUUUUGAUAAUCUCCCCAACACUUGUAUCUUGACUGACCAUGAAGCUCUAGACUCAAACGGUUAAUAUGUAAGAGAUAGCAAACCUUGAAGAAUGCCACCGAGACCUUACCGAACCGUGGACUGAGGAGGAAAUCGAGCGCCAAAUACCGGUAACAGAUAAAGCAACUCAGAACCUCCUAACAAAUCAGGCUGCAAUGAGGACAAACUAGACACCGGGUCUUCAGUGACUGCAAUAAGAAAGAGAGAAGCCUACCAUGAUCACCAAAGGAAAUCUCAGCACUGGGAUGGCUAAAACACUAAUCAAGUCACUCCGCCAACCAAGAGGUUCAAGACCAACGACUCAAACGAUGGCCCCAACCGACGGCUUGACCCGAGAACUAGAGAACCUAGCACGGUCUUCUUGCGCUUCAGAGCUACUCCUUGCUGGUGAAGCUAAGUAACAGGCACUGAAGCGGCACCAAACAACUCAAGGACAUUUCCAAAAUGAAAUGAUGAGCAACAACCCGGGUUGGUAAGUGAGGUGGUCUAGCAAGUGGAGAGCGUCAUGCAAGGCACAACAGACUCUGCCAUAGAUGACAGAAGAAGCUGAAACCUCCAGAGAACGCAGACGCAGAACCACAAAGAGACCCUGACCACACGACCAGCAAGCAUCCCUGUGUACGUGCCGACGAACCGUCAUCUCCUCUGAGCAGAAACACAACUCGGGUCCGAGACGAGACACCAAGUCUUGACUCCAAGAAGGCUUACACACUCCACUCCACAGCGAAGAGACUUCGCCAAUAAGUCACACCUGAUGAAGAACCGGAGAGAGCACGACCUAUCCACCAUGCACCUUCACCUCCUCGACGACAGACAAAUCUACAACAGGGAAAUUGAGAUCUGCCAUAGCCGAACCCUAAAAAGCCGACUCCUUUCCUCAGUAAACCUCGCCAUCUCGUUGAAACUCCAGAGAAAACACAACCUACCACCAGAUCUAUCUCCCCUCGAGGUAGAUCUAGGGUUCCGGCGAGUGGGAUCCAGACUAAAGGAGAGAAGCAAAGUGAAGAGAAGCAGAGAGGAGAGGAAGUCCAACCGACGUCGGAACCCGAAAGCCAAGCGCCGGUGGAAACAGUAUCGUCUUUUUAUCACCUUUUAGAAGAGAGACUUUUUUUUUUUUAGGGAAAUUGCCACAAAUACCACAUUCAUAGUACCAAUGGCAUAAGAGUCUUUUGUCACUUAAUGAAAAAUGUAUUUUUGAAAAUGUCUCAUUAGUGGUGGUAAAAAUGAAAAGUGAUACUAUGAAAGUGGUAAACAUGUAAUUUUCCCUUUUUUUAAUUUGUUAGUUGUUACAAGAUUUAUUUUCUUAACAAAAACUUAAAUUUCUGUAUGCUCUCAAAAUUCGGUAGGACAUUAUUAAUUUGUUAAUAAAAUCUAAUGGUUCUUAAGACGCAGCCUAUUGAACUUUUAGUUUACAUAAGUUAGAGCUGAUGAUACUUUGAUUUGGGAAAUUACUACGCCUAUACACACUUUUCAAUCUCUUAUUAUACAAAUAGACUAACAGUGCGGGAUGAAUGUUAUAUAUAAAACUAAUUUUAAUCUAUUCUUAUCUAUUUGUAUUCAUUUUUACGUAUUAUGUAUAUAAUUAAAUUAGAGUAAAGACAUAAAUCAAAACAAUACAUGUUUUUUUUUACGAUCAUAUUUUGGUAAAUGAAUCAAAAUAAUAAUUUUAUUUAUUUUAUAUGGUAUAUAACUAAAUUUCAGUGACAUGGACAUGGACAUAGAUAUAUAGUAUAUUUUAGUAUAAAUAUUUAAUAUUGAGAAUUAAUACUUAUAUGAUAAACACACAAUUUCUAAUGUGCAAUUUUUUAAAGGGAGAUUUACUAAAUAUGACUCAAAACUUGAUUUUGAUUACAAAAAUAUACCUAAAUUUGAAUCAAAUGUAAAAGUAACC